GCCCUUGCAAAUAAUACUGUUUGUUAUGCGCUCAUACUUCCGGUUGUAAACAUCCGCCUGAGCAAAAGUACGUGAUCCCUGUGAUAGCCUCCCAAUGUUAGGCCAGUAGGUAGACUGGCGUGAUGUUCGACACAGGUGGAAUAUUUGUUUCACUAACUACCAAUAGACAACUAAAAUUUGUAUAGAAUGGUCAGAACAAUGGUUUCUGGCUGCUGCGGACAGGUGUGGCAACAUUUUGACAUGGACCAGUAGACUUGAACAAGUGGUGAGCUGCAAGGGAGGAUCAUGAAGCCACCUUUGACUGUAGAGGCAAAGGUGGCCGAGGAACUUCGAACAUGGCUAGCCUCCGAGCUGGAACAGCUAGAUGCUUCAAAUACCAAUCAAUUUGCUCAUCACGUGGUCACGAUCCUCCUUCAUGAGGAUCUGGACAUUGAAGAUGAGCCACUCUCCACUGGUGAUGACUUUCUGAAGGACAUCUACAACAUAAAGCAAGGCAAGACUAGAGAGAAGCAGAAGAAGGCUGCUGUUCAAUUCCUGAGAGGUGCUGUUUGCUGUGAUGAUCCUAUGGAAGCAGAGAUUCGGGAGGUGGUGGAUGAACUGAUGGUUAAAAUUGAAGAGACUAAGCUGAAGAUGAACACAAAGAAGGCUUUGAAAAGAAGUCUCUUAGUACCCAUCGCCAUUAAUAUUGAAGAACCUGGGAAGCAAGCUUGCAUGAAGAGCGACAGCAGCGAGGAAAGGUACAAUGAAGCCUUCCCGUCCUUGUCAGGAGAAGAUUCACCCUGCAAAGAUGGACUUGGUAGUGUAAAUGGCAACACGUCAGUUUGGAAUUGUGUACCGUCUGGGAAGGAGAAUGUCAAAGUGAAGAUCAAAAGAAGCGCAAGUCAACCGAAAGGGCAGCGGACAUCACUCUGGUUCAGCAGUCGAGAUGAAGCUCAUGCAUGUUCAGUGGCCUUAAGGGUUGCUUCCACAGUCAUUGCAGAUUCCUCCCCAGCCCUUCCAGAAGCAGCAGAAGUACUGCCUGUGUCGUCCACAUCAGCUUCUGUCUUUGAGUCUCCUCGCUGCUGGAAGUCUGCUUUCACCCCGAUCUCAUUGACCAAGAUUUUUCAUCCCAUUGCUACUUCUUUGGUGCCACGUAUGACGAAGCAGGGUUGUUCUGUCAAAGCCAAGUUAUUCUCCCCUGUCAUCCUUGAUGAAAUUUGUAAUGAUGGCAAAAUCCCCAAGGAUACCGCAUGCAGUUGUCAGCAAUCAAAAAGUAAAGUAGGGAAUCCAUUUAUUCCAAUCCUGGACCUUGAAACACGAUGGGAAUUAGAGAGCUCUUAUGCAAUUACUGACAGUGACAUUGAGGUUGAUAUGAUAUUACAUUAUGCCCGGCAAAGGGAAAAGCAGAGCAAAAAGAAGGCAGCAAAAAAAGUGAACGAGGACUCUCUUAAUGUUCAUACAGAGUAUUCCAAGAGGGUAAAGACCUUCCCUGAUCACUACGGUAACUUCUGGCAAAAAAUGCACGACUGUGGACUAAUUGUUUUGUAUCCUGUCUUAGAGAAAGGAGAAAGCAGGGAAGACAAAGCCAUAGGCAGAGGUAGCCCAGACAGUGAGAGUGAUGAUGCUGUGCCAAGCUGGAGCAUUAGUAGCAGCAACACUGAGGAUACUUUUGAUCUGGUCGUUCCUUUUUAUCCAGAAGGCCACCUUGAUGAAGACGAUCCAACGCUCUCGGACUGUAGCCCUCCUUAUGACCAGCAGGAUGAGCUGGAUUGUAUCCCCAGUCUCCCUCUGUUCACUCACGAGGACAAGAUUGUCUCUCCGAUCAAGACUUUUGAUGAUGACCUCUAUUUCCCUUCUGGUGCAGCUCAAUGUGGUCAGACUUUAGGUUGCAGUAACUGUGUAGACUCUGAAUUUGACCUUAUAGGGUUGCAUCGACUCUAUAAUCAAUGUUCAGAUACAGAGAUAAGUAUAUAUUCAGAGUCUGAAUCGAACAGUAAAAGAAUAGACAAUCAGUUUUGGUGCUCAAACAGUGGUCAAGAGGACUUCCUUCAGCCUUGGGAGUGUCUCUGGUCUGCAAAUGCUUGGGACAAUAUUCAGCAGGACCUUGUUAUGGACAUGAAGUUUCAGAGCAUAUCUCGAAAGAUGGCACACUUUGACAACCUCUUAAGGCCCUCUCUGCUUUCUUCAUGUCUGAGCUCAGAGGUUGACCAGUUACUUCAGAGGGCCUUUGUCAACUCAUUAUUCUCUGGUGAUAUUUUUGGGACGACACACUUACAGGAAGCCGAACCCGUUUUUCAGUGCUCUGAAGUGGAACAGUAUUUGUACUCAAGUCAACGCGGUUCGUUUUUUGGAGGGUUUGCAGAGAGAGACUUAAUUCGUGGUCAGACUUGCUCUGGCUGGCUGGAAAACAACUGUCGCUUAGGUUCUCAGUGCCCCUUUUCUCAUCCAAGUAUAUGAAGCUGGACCCUAGACCUUGCCUGCAGUGCUCAAAGAUCUGAGUCCUCAUUUCUUUUUUGCUGAAUAAAAUUUCAACCUGGAGAACGUUGAAAAAAGAAUGCUCAUCACUCGUGGAACUACUUGCCUGUGUAAAGGAUGCAGCAAGUAAAUACACUUGCUGAAAAUACUUAAUUAAAAAUUGUUUGUUGUUAAUGUCUAUUAUCCUCUGUCCUUUCUUCAACAUGCAAAACAUUUCCAGAUCUUGUAUAAGAGAAGACAAAAAAAAUUGAAAUCUCAAUUGAUCUUCCAAGUUGAAUGUGAUCAGUGUUGGCUCUAAAUGGUAGAGGUUCAGAGAAAGAGCAUAGAAUUGGCAUGACAGGUUUAUUUGCUACUUUUCAGAACGUACAUGCUGGUUGUGUGCUUUUCUCUGAGAAAAAUUUUCAAUGUUGUCUAUUGAACAUGUUUAUUUUUCUGGCUUCGGGAACAUAUUCAGCAAAUUAGAAUGGUAUAAUUCAUAUGAUAUGGAUUGCUGCUGUAAAAUCACUUUCUUGAAUUGCAAAUGAGACUGAACAGAUUUAAAGCAAAAGAUAGAGAAUGACGUGGUAUUUCCCAAGGGAACGAUCGCUAUAGCUUUAAAAUAAGUUUGUCAUAGAAUGACAGUAGCAUAACGUAUUUUGAGUUGAACCGUACCUGAUUCUAUUUAAUAAUAUACUGUCUGGCUAUUAGGUAGUUGCUAGAUUUAUGGUUCUUUAAAUUUUUUGUGUGCUUAUGUUUAUAUCUUAACACAUAGUAUUGUCAGCUUAGACUGGUACAGUAAAUAAUUGGUGUGUGUAAGAAGUAUCAUUGAACGUGUGAACAGCACAUUUCAUUUUUGUUAAGGUAAGGUAUAUUAAGCUUUGAAUCAGAGUUUUCCAUUCAUUUGCCCCAGUGUCAGCUUUAAAUUAAUUCACAUGAAAGCUUUGUUCCUUGAUAUUCUCUUGUAAAGUUGUAAAGCAACUUUAUCAUUCCAUUUCUCUUUGACAGUCUUACACACGUUCAUAAAUAAUUGUAGUAGUCUUGACGUGUUUGGUUUCUCUAGUGCUCUGAGUUGUAGUCUGUGGUCUUCAUUAUGGUUCUUUUUGGCUGGGGGCAGUUACAUUUGUGUUUUAUUAGCCGUUUGAUAGAAAUAUUACACUCUACAUUUUCAAUGUAUUUAUCUUUGAACAGUUUGGAAAGUCUAAAUAUGUUCACAUACAGUGACCAUAUUUAGUGGGACUGGAUAAUUUUUUCCAAAAAAAAAAUGUUGAAAGGUGUUUUGGAGGAAAAUAUUGCACUAACACAGAAACAGCAAUAUAUGUGUUUGUCUUCUUCAGAAAUCUGAACUGUUUAAUAUCUAGUCAUGUGUGAUUUUUGUCCCCCUUCAAACUGACAGCAUUUUCAUGUAUGUUCAUCUGGUCAGACCUGAGAAACCUAUCAGUCGUGCUGUGGUCAUCAGACAAGACCUUGUGAUGGUGUAUAUGACUCUGAAGUUUGGUUGAAUGUGUGCUUGUUUUGAGGAAGUCCAGGCACUCAAUUGUCUAUAUUACCACAAUGUAUUCCGGACUAGUUUUGAAUUAUAUCUGUUCAUGUAGCUCUACUCCACUGGAAGGUGAAUGUGAUCUCUUGGGUUGGGAUUGAGGGGGAUAUGAAAGGAACAUUUUGUUAUGUUAUAUAUUGGGGGGACAAUUUGUUCUUCCUGGACUCUGUUGAAGUCAAAAGAUUGCUUGAUAGAAUAAGUUUUGAAAUGAAGUUUUGUCCCUUUUCUGAACUUCCUUUGGGACGUAUUUCUGAAAAAGUCUUUAUGUUAGUAGUUAUUAGUUUUGGAAGUUGCCAUCUUUCCUUUGUAAGGAAAAAAAAUCAGAUAUAUUGCUGUGUCAUCAUUAUGAUUAUUGCCUGAACUGAUGAAAUCUCUGCUCUUGACAAGAUGGUGAGGCUAAAGGAAAAAUAAGCAAGCAGCUAAUGUUGGUUUGAACUCUCAUAUCCUCAGUGAGCGUUCAUUCUUACAUUUUUUCAGUUGCGAGCUAGAGAAGUGAAGAAGAGUGUCUACGCUGCACAUAUCUGUGAUAAUCAUCAAUAAGUCAUUGUGAAUAGCUCAGAAUUUUCACCCAAUUUGAACAAAAAUUGUUCAUUUGCUAUGGAGAAGAGAGUUGCUGAAUGUAUGCCUUUUUGCCAUAUUGUUCGUUAGAAGGAUAGUGAUUGUCUGAGUAGAAUGUAUUCACCAUAAGUAUGAAUUCUCAAUCAAAAAGUUCUCCUGUGUGAAUGAUAUUACAUUUUUGCCGAAAAGUGCCUGAUACUAUCAUGUAUUUGGGUUCGGGCAAAUCAUGUUUUGUAAUGCUUCACUGUAAACUGUUGCCCUUACACCCUGUGCCCAUUGUGUAUAUCAUGUGUCUGUGGAUUUAAUAUGAAAAUUUAAAAAAAAAAAAGUAACAAAAAGGGAUGGGAAAAGAGGUCACUAAGCCUUGGCCUCAGAACAUUGAAAACAAUGCCUUUACGUUGUGGGGACGAUAUUUAUAGAGGCUGUGAUUUGAUGUGUUGUUUUUGCAUUGACUUUUUUUGGUGAAAAAGUACCUUCUCUACCGUGGUGCAGCAGCUUUUUUUUUGUGUUUUUCAUCAAGACAUUCGUUCAGUGACUGCCUGUAUGCUCUUAAAGACUAGCCAGUUGUUCUUAAAAGUCUUUCUUUUCAUAAGUUUUGUCUCUAAAAGUCUUACUCUUACCUGUUGACUUUGAAGUCAUUGGUACAGCAAGGCUAAAAAUUUUCUAGUGUGGGGCCAAGGCUUAUGAUUUUUAAACCUGUGAAAAAAAAGUUCUGUACAGCUGUAUCCAGCAAUGGUGAAAAUUACUGGUCUAUUUAUUGUGUGAAUGGUCUGAUAUGAGAGGAAUGCAAGGUAUGAUAAUGAAGUGUUUGAAAGUGUAUAAAUACAGGAUUUUCUGAAUGGGAAUAUGUAAUCAACAUUUUCUAUUUACCAUUUUGUCUCAAAGUUGCCUCAGAUGUAAUUACAGGUGAGCAAUAUGGGAGGUGUACAUGGGAUUUAUGUGUGUAGAAGAUAUGGAUUACUUGUGCAAUAGAACAACAAAUGCCUUGUGACAAUAACAUGUCUGCAGUAUUUAUGCCCGAACAUAUGUUUAAAAAAGGGUGAUGCAACAUGCAACAUGCUGGCAUUUGGAUUUUUAUACGUUUUGUCAUAUUUUGUCGUAUGGACAUCAUGAGGAAGCUUUGAAAGAGAAGCAGUUUUAAAACAAAAGGUUCCUUACUUUUAAGUAAGUCUGGUAUAUGAAGGGUGUUUUUAUUUGUUUACGCAUUACACCCUUUGAGAAGCCCUCUUGCAGGGUUUAUAAAAUUACUAAGAAUGAAAUUGAAUUGAGCAGAAGUUGUAGCGUUUAUGCUGUGCCUCAAAAUUUCUUUUAGCAGAUGAACUGAAAAUAGUGAAAGUUUAAAGUUUCGAGAUGUAAACAAUUGUUUAAUUUGAAAACUUUUGAGAAUGAGGAUCAUUUGGCUGAAAAAUGAAAUGUUUUAUCUUUUUUUACCACCCUGAAGAAGGCAGUUCAACAGAAUGGUGGAAAGAAAAAGAAAACUUUCAAGAUAUAUGCAAUUUUUUUAUCUCCAUGUAGUAUUUUCCUAAAGCCCUGUAAAUUUUUAAAAAUGUUUUGAAAUGUUGAAAAAUAGAAUUUCUCUUCGUAUCAAAAACUCUUCAUUGUCCUCAUUGGUUUUAGCCAUUUUAAGAGGCAUUGGAAACUAGAAUGACUGAAGAUGAGGAAGAGACUCAUCUAUAAUAAACAUUGUUUUUCCAAGAUAUUUUUAAAUAUUAAGAAAGAGAAUUUAAGAAACUAGUUUCAUCUGUUGAAAUAGCUUUAUUGGAAAAUGUUUUCCCUCACACUCACCUUUUUUUCUGUUGUUCCCUGACCAAAGGGACAUACAUCAGUCUUUUAAGCUCACAGGGUGAGAGAGAAUUUACCAGCUAGUUUCCUUUUCGUAUUACCAAGGGUGGAGUUUCGAAGAAUGGAAACAUAGCAUGUGCAGACUUUGGAAUCUAGGUUGAAUGUUGAAUGUUGUAAUCCAUGUCUAAUGCUGGUUGAUUCCUGUUACUGAAGGAAUGUUGGUGUUGGUGCCUAACUCGGUUCUAUUUUAUUUAUUGAGAAACUUCUUUAUUCUUGCAGACUUACUAUAAGUCCAUUAUUUUUCUUACCCUGUCAAGACACAUAAUGUGUUAAAGCUUUUGGUCACCAACAGAAGAACAGUUCUUCUCUUUCAUUUUUGGUUCUUUUAGAAAGAUCUGAUUACAAAUUUUUUUGGUGCUGAACUCAGCCUGUCGCUCAUGCGCACAGCAAUGAAGUUAUAUCAUGUAUAACCUACAAGAUAGUCUGUGCAUUCAAUUUUAAAGGUUUACCCCAUUGUGGAAUAAUGGUGUUUUCAUAUAUGGCAAAGAUGGGAGGUAUUUCUGAAAUGUUUCUUUUAUCUGUGACAUGUAGGGACUACUCCGUGCUCCCAUGGGUCUGUGAGUAAAGGGGAGUGACCCCUUAGUGUGGGUGGGCUUUCGCUCCAGCUGUGCGGUUAAAGUUGGUCAAGACCGCAGGGAUGUGAAUUUUGAGAACAUUCUUAAAAAAGGAAGAUCAGUUUCAUGACUGGACCCACAUGUGAAGAUAAGUUGCCUUUCUUUUUUUGUUGACAUUUUCUUUUUCCUCCAAAAUUGAAAUUUUAGGACAAUUUCCGGUUAAAGCUAGCCCAUCUUGCCAUGGUCAUUGUGACGGAAAUCAAGAAUUCAUCUGAAAUGAAGGCACUUCCUUUUGUUGCUUAUGACUUGGAAUUACAUGACACUGUAAUAUUGUUCUAAGUUAUAUCCUAAUCUAUAGAGAGAGGGCAAAAACUUUUGCACUUGUCUAAAAAAAA